CCAAGCUGUUGGUUGCGAGGGAGGUACACGAGUUCCACGCAGCGUAAGAGAGCCCAAACGAUAGGACGAACGAACAAAACAAACAGAAGAAGACGAAGACGAUGAUGAAUGUGGUGAGUGCGUUGAUGGUGACUCGGUUACUGACUCGGGACCAACUCGCUGCACACGAAGGCAUACCCUUGGGAUCCGUGUGGUGGUUCGUCUAUGCCGGGAUCUCCUGCUUCCUCGUCAUCUUCGCCGGAAUCAUGUCCGGCCUAACCCUAGGCCUCAUGUCUCUCGGCCUCGUCGACCUCGAGAUUCUUCAACGCAGCGGUUCUCCCUCCGAGAAAAAGCAAGCAGCGGUCAUACUUCCUGUAGUUAAAAAACAACACCAGCUUCUCGUGACUCUGCUUCUGUGUAAUGCUGCUGCCAUGGAGGCCCUUCCGAUAUACCUGGACAAGAUGUUCAAUCAGUUUGUUGCUAUCAUUCUCUCUGUGACUUUCGUUCUGUUUUUCGGGGAGGUUAUUCCACAAGCAAUUUGUAGUAGAUAUGGUCUAGCUGUAGGUGCUAACUUCGUAUGGCUUGUACGAAUUUUGAUGAUAAUCUGUUAUCCAGUUGCUUAUCCCGUCGGAAAGGUUCUAGACUGUCUAUUGGGGCAUAAUGAGGCUUUAUUUAGGCGGGCUCAGUUAAAAGCUCUUGUCUCCAUUCAUGGCCAGGAGGCUGGGAAAGGUGGUGAGCUGACACAUGAUGAGACAACAAUUAUUAGCGGAGCUCUAGAUUUGACUGAAAAGACUGCUGAAGAGGCCAUGACUCCUAUUGAAUCAACUUUUUCUUUGGAUGUUAAUUCCAAAUUGGACUGGGAGGCAAUGGGGAAAGUUCUUGCUCGUGGUCACAGCCGAGUUCCUGUCUAUUCUGGAAAUCCAAAAAAUGUUAUUGGGCUUCUACUGGUCAAAAGUCUUCUCACUGUACGACCUGAAACAGAGACACCUGUCAGUGCUGUUUCCAUCCGGAGAAUCCCACGAGUUCCAUCAGAUAUGCCUCUUUAUGAUAUACUGAAUGAGUUCCAAAAGGGAAGUAGUCAUAUGGCUGCUGUUGUUAGGGCUAUGGGGAAAGGAAAAACGACUCCUCAAACAACUGAUGGAGAGACAUGUGAAGAAAACAAAGGGGUUGGUGGGGAUUCACAGUUGACUACUCCAUUACUACUGAAGCAGGAUGAGAAGUCAGAAAGUGUUGUUGUUGACAUUGACAAGUUUUCAAGGCCUCCCAGCAUUAACAAGUCACGUAGUGAUGCCACAACAAAUAGUUCCUUUUCAGAUAAUAUUGAAGAUGGUGAAGUGAUUGGUAUUAUCACUUUAGAAGAUGUAUUUGAAGAACUUCUGCAAGAGGAGAUUGUGGAUGAGACCGAUGAGUACGUUGAUGUUCAUAAGAGAAUACGUGUGGCUGCAGCUGCAGCUGCUUCCUCUGUGGCACGGGCUCCAUCAAUACGAAGGUUGACUGGCCAAAAGGGAGCAGGAGGCCAAAUUAAGCCAGGGCUAACUCUGAAGAAAUCUACAGAGGAGGAUGGAUUGAAUACAAGGUCACAUUGAGCUCGUUCUUUUUAUAAGGAUGGGAUUCUUAUUCGUACUUUUUUGUGCAUAAAGUAUAUACAAAAGGGUGUUCAUACAAAGGCGACAAAUGUUACUUACAAUGGUCAAUAUCUACCCAUCCUCUCAUAAAAAACGUCUUUAUACUUGACAUGUCUCAUAUUUUACCCGUAAGUUUCGUUUUUCAUGUAUUCGAAUUUUGAAAAAUUAAAAUUUUACUCAUAAUUUUUUUUCUUCUGUUAACUAUCUUAAUUAGGGUCUUUAGCUCUCCGGUGAAAUCCCGACUUCCAAUGUAUCCUUACAAACUUCAGUUCCUUGGAGUUUGGACUAUGCGACCAAUAGGGCUAACUAUGAGACCGAUAUUUGGUUC